AUGACAUCACCUCCACCUCCAUAUCCAACUCCACCACCACCAUCGACCACUAUUGCCACCACCACUAUCACCACCACAACGCCACCACCACCUCAUCCUCCUCAACUUCCACCACCACUACCUCCACCUCCACCUCCACAACUGCCAUCCCCACCACCACCACUACCACUAUAUGAUUAG